CACUGUGGGACUCGGCACUGGCGGGAGGCGCAGGCCGGUGGCCGAGGUGAGGGGACUCUGGCGGCGGCAGGAUGGUGAAGCUGACGGCGGAGCUGAUCGAGCAGGCGGCGCAGUACACCAAUGCUGUGCGGGACCGCGAGCUGGACCUUCGCGGAUAUAAAAUUCCUGUCAUUGAAAAUCUGGGUGCUACCUUAGACCAAUUUGAUGCUAUUGAUUUUUCUGACAAUGAGAUCAGGAAACUGGAUGGUUUUCCUUUAUUGAGAAGGCUGAAAACAUUAUUAGUGAACAACAACAGAAUUUGCCGUAUAGGAGAGGGACUUGAUCAGGCUCUCCCCUGUCUGACGGAGCUCAUCCUCACUAACAACAGUCUAGUGGAACUGGGUGAUCUGGAUCCUUUGGCAUCUCUCAAAUCACUGACAUAUCUAAGCAUCCUAAGAAAUCCUGUAACAAAUAAGAAGCAUUACCGACUUUAUGUGAUCUACAAAGUCCCACAAGUCAGAGUACUGGACUUUCAGAAAGUGAAACUCAAAGAGCGUCAGGAAGCAGAGAAAAUGUUCAAGGGCAAACGGGGUGCACAGCUUGCAAAGGAUAUUGCCAGGAGAAGCAAAACUUUUAAUCCAGGUGCUGGUUUGCCAACUGACAAAAAGAAAGGUGGGCCAUCUGCAGGGGAUGUAGAAGCAAUCAAGAAUGCCAUAGCAAAUGCAUCUACGCUGGCUGAGGUUGAGAGGCUGAAGGGCUUGCUGCAGUCCGGCCAAAUACCUGGCAGAGAGCGCAGACCAGGUCCAAAUGAUGAUGGUGAAGAAGAGAUGGAAGAAGACACAGUCACAAAUGGGUCCUGAGCUGUGAGACAUAGGCUCUCUAGGGACAGGUCUUGCUUUUUAAGCAUGGAGUAACAGCUUUGCUCGUGUCAACAACAUGGAAUCUGUCAGCAUUGCUGAGUGCUCAGAACUACUGCUGAUAAUUUUUUAAUAUGAACGUUGCUAUCUAAAUGCCCGUUUUCUACAAAUGAUAAAAUAAAGGCCACUUUCUGUGCUGCCA